CAUGUACCUACUUAAUUCUAUUGAUUCAACAAUCAAACACGCAUGUGGCUACUGGCAAAGUCGUUACGCUCCAGAAAUCCUAAUGUAAUUUUAUAGGUGGGUAGGUAGAUAGGUAGGCUACUUAGUUCAUAUUUUAGUUGUCUUGCAUAUUCACUAGUGCUUGUCAAAGGAGCCAAGGUAAGUUAGGACGGACUUUAUAAGACCGCAACGGUGGCCAGUAGCUUGAUAGACUUUAGUUACACGUUGACGUACCUGGAUCCUGAUAGGGAUAAUAUAAGUCUCUAGGGAUAAUAUAGGCCAUAUGAACUAAAAAAAUACAUUUUACCGUGUUGAAAGAGCUCUAGAAGUUGCGUCCCUGCAUUUUGAGGACAUUGUUGUGAUACAAACAUUCAAAGUUUUCUUAUAAGGACUGGUCAUUGCCUAAAGUUGUGGAAGACAUUUCACUUUUGCGUGGGAAUUCCCAAGUUGUGGUAACAAUACUGUUUUAGUGCUACACUCAGAUAUCAGUCAGACAGUUAAGCGACAGGUGCUCUAUUAGAGCAUAUAAUUUGUACCUAAUUUUUGUUUGUGUUUUAACUAAAUUAUAAGUUCCAUUAAAUAUGGACUCGACUGGAAAAUAUUUAUUUAUUUUUAUAUCGGUGUUGUCAAAUGUGGUUCAUUUGGGCGCGGUGACAGUUAAUCCAUCGUUGUGCCCCACGAACAAGAUUGCCCCACAUCGCCGUGUUGCCAGCUGGGAGCAGAGUAGACCUCGGACCUUCGGGCUAAUUAACGGCAUACUUGGGCCUGGACGACCGCAAAACGAUCCACUCAAUGAUUUACAAGAACAGCCCCAAGAAGAUGAAGACGACUGCGGAGAGAUAGAUGAUUACGACGAAACGGAUCUCAGCUCCGUUACACCAGUUGGCCAGAGGAGAAAGGAAGAUCGUUAUUUCUACGGCAGUAAUAGUUAUCCACCGUAUUAUCCUGGCGCUAGGCCGCCGUAUCGACCGCAGAGACCAACACGACCUCCUUACAACUUCGAGGGUAACUACGGGCCUAAUGGCUACAGACCACCCUCGAACUAUUAUCCUUCAGACUACAUCAAGCCAGUGCAGGAGAAUAGUCCAGAUCACCCACAAGAAGCCUAUCGACCUGGGCUCAUUGGCGGCAAUGUUGGACAAAUAGUCGGCUUUCCUUUUGUAAGGGUCACUACCGAAGCACCACAGAGAAACCCCAAUCCAUUCCGUUUCCCCAUAAAUGACUCGUAUCCCAACCGACGCCAAAAGAAAUCUCAACAAACGAACAAAUCUACAAGUAUUAUUGGAUCUUUCGUAGACUUGUUUUUCAAUAAAUAA